AAAUAUGACAUGACACAAUUUGUAUCUGAAAUAAAAAGAACUUUUGAGUGUGCUUUAAUCCACUUUUUUCACUGGUCACCAUUGUAUAGAACUAGAGUUGGUCACAGUAUUUAUGAAUGACUGGCUACUCGCUCCAGUUACUCAUGAAUAAUCAUGCUAUAUUGAACCUUCUAGCCACAUCUACAGCAAUGUAAAAUACUAUAAAUACUAUUGUAAGAGGUAGGAUAUUUGAGGUUAUUUUUCAGGACAUGGAUGAAUGUUUAUAAGCAUGGUGUUCUGGUGGAUUUUGCACACAGUUGGGGGGUUUAAAGUUGAUGAAUUCAUUAUACAAUAUCUGUUAAUAUACUGUUUAUUCACAAGGGAUUAAGAGGAAAAUAAUAUACAGAAGGCAAAUGUAUUUAGUGGAGAAUCAUUUGUCAUGAAGAAAAGGAUUGUCUUCAAAGGGGGCACAGCGAUGCUCCGGUGUUACUGAGAACAGUUAUCUCUCCUGAGGCAAGGGACAUCACCUAGUUGUUAAGGAUACAGAGUUACUGCUCUUGAUUUCUACGAAAUCCUUACCAAAAACCAUGCCAACCAAGUGUAGUAAUAAUAAACAAUGUACGGAUGUUCUAGUGAUAGGCAAUGGACCAUCAGGCAUCAGCCUGUCCUACCUUCUCUCCGGCUACCGGCCCUACUAUACCGGGAAGCCCCACCCCAACUCCAUUCUCAAUGCAAGACUCCAGGACCUGGAUAGAAAUGUCUCCCUCGUUGAACAGAACCUUGAGCCCCUAUGUGAAGGCCUGGACGGGCGUUCAAGUAACCCAGUGGCUGUGCUGUUUGACGCACUCACCCACCCAGAUGCUGACCUUGGGGAGGACAACCCCUCCCUCCUUGAGUGGCGCUAUGAGCCUCAACACAAAAUCGACCAUAUGGUCCUUGGGAAAUCCAGGCCUGGGGGCUCUUGGCAGAACAUGGAGGGGUCCAUGCAGACAUUGAGCCUGAGUAGCUGGAUGGAGCUUCCCGGUCUACCCUUCGGCAAGUGGCUGUUGAACAACAAACAAUCCAAAGAAAAACCAAUGACCGAGAGGGCAACAAUAAAUGACGUCUGUGAUUACUACAUGUCCUUUGUCAAGGAGAAAAAACUGGAGGACAACUUCCAUGACUCCCACAUCGUAACUUCCGUCCAUAAAGUGUACAAGAGGCAGAAAGGAGCCUGUAUUGAUGAUGAAAGUGGCGAGAUAGAGCCUUGUUGCACUAACAUGACCAAACACCCCUACCACUGGGAGGUCAGAGGGUACAGAAUGGUGCCUGGUUGCCAUGACAACAGUGCUACUCGAGAAGAAUUCUGUAUUUCUGCCUUGUUUGUAGUUAUCGCCACGGGAACAUUUGAUAUUCCUAAUAAACUAGGUGCAUUAGGAGAGAAACUUUCAUUUGUUAGUCACUCAUUACAUGAGUUUGAAUCUGUGAUAAACCAUAGCAAACUAUCUGAAAGUCACGACCCGGUCUUAGUUGUGGGGGCUGGGCUUAGUGCUGCAGAUGCUAUUCUGAUGGCUUUACAGAGCCAAGUGCCCAUCGUUCAUGCAUUUCGAAGAAACGCUAACGACUCCAAUUUAAUCCUUCGGAAACUACCAAAGAACAUGUAUCCAGAAUACCAUAAGAUCCAUUCCCUGAUGAAAGGCACCGAGCAAAAUCCAUUGUAUAAAGCCAUGGCAAGGCAAGACAUUGUUGAGAUCAAAGAGGACAAAAGCGUGCUUCUUAAACCACACAAGAAAGGCUCAGACGAUAUUACAUCACUCAAUGUUUCUCACAUAGGAAUUCUAAUUGGGUCCCGUCCAGAUUUAAGCUUUUUGCCGCACGAAGGACGUGAGAUUGGUGUGUUGAAGAAGUACCCAAUUCAAAGCAAACAUAAUCCCAUUGACAUUGAUCCAUAUAGCUACCAGUGUGUUCAUGAACUGGGCCUUUUUGCGAUGGGCCCUCUAGUAGGGGACAAUUUUGUAAGGUUCGGGCAGGGCGGUGCACUAGGCAUUGCGAAUUAUUUAUCUUCUAGAAAUAAACAAUAAGUUAUGGCUACUAUGUAGUUGGCAGUAUACGUAAAGUGUGAUCUGUGUUUGACGUUAUUUUCAGGUACUAUUUAUUAUACUAAAUGAGAGGCUGAGAGGUGUGUAAUUUGAUAUGCCUGCCUUAUUCAAACAAUGGCUUGCAAUUUUUAGGGGUGAAAUAGUUCAGGAUAAAUCCUAAAACGAAGGUUGAGAGCAUUCAAUUUCAAACUAAUUUAUAUUUGUUAAGUGUUUUUCUUUUACUUGGUUCCAAGCUCCUUAACCCUGCUUUAGAGGCCUGGCCCUAAUUUCUCGAAUCUUUCUAUGUCCCUUAUAGCAGGAUUAAGCUAAACUCAUUAUUUUUGUUUUUCAAUAAUUUGCAUUAUAUAAACUUCUUUAAGAGUUUUUAUACUUUAGAUAGGAAUUAUCUUUAAAAUAAUCACAAACCAUUUAAUGUUAUAUUUAAGUAUGUGUUUUAGCUAAUUGAAAUAUGCAACUUAAGCCUGUUAAGUUUAAGAAGUUUUGAUAAAUUGGGGUCUGAAUCCCUUAUACUAAGUGCAUUAUCAAGAUCAGGAUUAACUGUGUGAUGUCACCCCUGAAAGUUGUACCGUUUCUGUUUUUAAUAGAAAAAAGUUGUGUUGUACUAUAGUAGUGCAUUUUGUUUUACAUUUGUGUAUUUUUGUUAUACAAUCUUACAGCUUUUGAUUUACAUUUUAUAACAUAUUCAGGCCUUUAAAAAAUAAUUACGUUUCUAGUUGCAGGCUGAAAAAAAAGUUUGGUUAAUUGGCAUUUUUUUCUGUCAAAAUCAAACCUUUUUUUAUCUCGAACUGAUACCCUUAAUGAAAUUCAUCAUGUUUUUAUUCAGAAAAAAAUGUUUUAUGCCUGAAAUACAUUUAAGAAUAUCUUUGAGAAUGGCUACAAAAAUAUGUGUGCAUUUUAGAAUUUUUACAAUCAUAAGAAAAACACGUCUCAGUGAUAAAUAUACAGUCUGUCAGGCCACAAGAAACAUAAUUAUUUUUUUGGCUUAGUUUUAUUUGUGGUGUGUACAUGUUGUAUGCAUAACUACAAAGUGGUAUUUGUUUCCUUAUUCGAAACUUUUGUUUCCUCAAAACUGUUACCAUGUUUUUGAUAUCUUUCAUGCAAAACAGUUUUAUGACAUUUCUCAUUUUAAUUCAGUAUUUAAAGAUAAUAUUCGUGGCCAAAAUAGUUAUUUAAUUACUACAGAAAGUAUUUUCUAUUAUCUGUCGAAGAUCUAUGCCAAAUAAAAACAUUUUAGAAAUGAUUUUGUGAAUUAUAAAAAAACACAUUAUAGAAUAUAUAUAAACGGUACUCUUUUACAUGCAUAUUUGUCUGUGAAUAAUUUGAACAUUUUACAAUGUACUUGGAAUAUAUUAACUUACUUAUGAGUGGAUGUUUUAUUACUUAGGAGUGAAUAUUAAUAAUACAUCUUAAAUGCUAUUUCCUAACUAAUGUCAAUAUCUUAAGUCAAUGCAUUUUAGAAAUUAGAAAUAACCAAGGAAAAAAUAACAUAUGACCAAUUAUACUGCUAAUUUAAUUAGAGAAUCGACUUAAGUUAGGAAAAUACUCCUUAAGUAUUAUUAAUGGGUCCUGGGCACCAUUUCAAUGAAGAUUGUAAGGCUCAAGAAUUCCCAAGUGUAACAUCAUCUAUAGCAUAAACUGUGCUUCAAAAAAAAUACUAUAAGGACAUUUAUGGCGUUGCUCCUGUCCCUAACUCAAGAUAACUUAUUGAAAUGGUGCCGUAACCUUUGGAUUUUCCCUUAGCUCAUAAAAUGUAUGUUUAGUGUCUUUGUCUCUGUGAUAAUAUUUUUAAUGAAUACCUGUUAAACAUAGAUGUCACACAUGAACUGUUUAUGUUCGUGGAAAGUAAGGGCUCUAUGGCAUAAUCCUGCUUGUUACAAGUACGGCAUUGUUGCAUUAUUUCUUGUAGCAAGUACGGCUUGGUUCCAUGUACGGGCUAAAGCAACACCAAAUGAUAUUUUGUUUGAUUGAAUGUUUCUAAAUUUAGUUAAUUUAUUGUACCAUUUUCUUUAUGUUGUUUUUGUGAACGAACAGUGAUGAUCUACAUUUCAAUAUUUAAUUAUUUGAUGCAGAUUUUAUUCAUCUACUAACUGUGUUUUUAAUUAUUUAUUUAAUUUAUAUUUAGAUGUGGCAGGAAAUGUAUGACUUCUGUAUUAUAAGCAGAAUAUUUUUUUGGAUGACUAAUGUUAUGGUCAUUGCGAAUUUAGUGUUUUCAAAUAUGUAAAGAAUAUUUAUGCAUAUAGCAACAGAAAUCAUGUUAAAAUAUGAUUUUACAAUCAUUGAAGAUAUCAACUUCAAACUUCAUGAACUUAUUCACAUUAACAAUAUACUCUUUUGUGACAAGUUAUAUAACUCCAGCUUAAAUAUUGUACGUUAUAGACCUUUACAAGAAAACAACAACAUGUUUUUAUAAUAUUGUUUAAAAACAGGACCUAUUAUAGUUUCACUAAUUGCAACAUACAGGCUUAAAACAUCCAGUAUGUUGUCUGAUUAAUAACUUUAAAACCCAUGUCCAAUCAGGUAAGCGAUAUAGGGCCUUCUUGGUCCUCUUGUUUUCUAUUGUUCGAUACAUGUAGCUCACAUAAUCUCAGUGUCAGACGGUACCUAUAGUAACGCCAUCUAUCAUAAUGGAUCUAUGUGUUCAAAUGAUGUAAUUCACAUACUUGGUAUGAUACACCAGGUACAAUCUAUGAUGAUUUACAACUCUGUCAAAAUCAUGUGUUUUAUUGUUCAAAAUAAUAGGGUUAAGAAGUGAAAUAAAUGAACCUGUUAGUGCUUCGAAGAAAAACCUA